GCUAAGGCCCCGCCCACCGGCGGACAAAGAACGAGGAAGUUCGCUGAUCAUCGUUGAAACGGACAAACUCACGCUAGCAAGCGAGACUUCAUGAACCUGACAGACAACAUGAUUGAAUUCAUCUUGAUAGUUUUCACUCUGAGCGGAUCCUCAGGUACAAAUACCAUCAGCUGUAUGUAUUUUUGUGAGUGUUUGUGUGUGUGUGAUAGAGAACGAGGCAUUCAGAGGGACUACUUUAUGCCUCCGCCGAGUGUCACAGUGUGCUGAUAGAGUUGAUAUGUGUAGCCUAUGUAAAUAUUUUUGGAUAUCAGUGUUAAUUUAAAGCGUUUGACUCCUACGUGAUUAAGAUUUAAACGUGUUAAAGUAGUCUCAAAAGUUUAAAUCUGUCCUGUGCUGAGAGUUCAGAAAGUGAAACCUUCUUCUCAAGAGUCUCCAGAGAGACUCAGAGGGCUGACAGACUUAUAAGAACAAGACAGUCAAAUGGCUUUUCCAAUGCAGAAAAGUCUGAUCUUGGUGACACUACCUAAAAAUGCUCAAGACAGCACUAUACACUACCUGUACAGCCAUUUAAAAACAUAGUGUUGACAAUAGUGUUGAAAACAACACUAAAUACAUUGGUGUAUUUAGUGAGUUAACUGAGUACAAGACACAUGUACGUAUGUUUCACAUAUUUACUGCAUAUGAUUUUUGCAAUUCUACAGCAGAGUGCAAAAAAAAAAAAAAUACAGUAGCCUAUUUAGAACAAACAUAAAAUUCACAAUGGUUCUCCCUACAUUUGGUUGCACCUCUUACUUGUACUUGUACUUCACCUCUUCUUCCUCUGACCCUGUUUUGUUCCCUUCCUCCCUGCAUUCUCACCCCUCCUCCAUGAUGUUGCCCUUCCAUGUUUGUGUCACAGAACUGUAAAAAUGGUACACAUUAUGUCCUGCUGAUUUACAUAUGCUUGCCAAAUGAGGGUUCAUGAGAUUCAGCUCUGAGUGACCGUGGACAAGUGGCUUGUCUUGGUUACAACUAAUGCUUCACACACCUCCUCGUGAUUUAAAGCUGAGGUUCACCUGAAAGCAAUUGUUCAAUUUAGGAGACAUUUUUAGGGGAAAAAAAGAUAUAGGAAUGUAUGAAAUCAGUUGAACAGAUUUUGAGAACUAGUUCAACAUUUUUGUUUGUAAUGACUCAAGCAAUGAAAUGAGGACUAUUAGUUUGAUAGGAAAUGACUAUGCAGCAUUCAUUAGUAUGUUUCAUUUUGUAUGAAAGUAACUGAUACAUGUCCAAGAGCAUUUGCAAUUUGUUUGGAGGAAUGAGAAACUGCUCCGAUGAUAUGCACAAAUGACUCAAUGUUGUGGGAGUUGAACUAAUAGUUGUGAGAACCUUCAUUCUGGUCUGAGAAAUGCACCAAAACGACUGAGAGAAACUGUAAUAGAAGUACUAGAAAUGACAACAACAACAACAACAAUAAUAUUAAUAAUAAUAAUAAUAAUGGUAAUAAUAAUAUCUGUGUCGUCAGGACUUCUACCCCCCUCAUCUGUUCGUCUCACCUCCUAUAACAUGGACCUGGUGCUCAGGUGGGACCCACCUCCAGAAGCAGAAGGUGACCUACUUUACACUGCCCAGUACAAGUGAGUGCACCACACUGUGACUUUUGACCUUUGUGAUGGAAUUCCUGUUGCUGAGAGUUUUCAGUGUAAAUCAUCAGAGGAGGAUUUGCUACAAUUAAACUCUGAAACCGUAAGAGCAGAAGAGGACACUCAGAGUGGUCUAAUCUCUCAGAAGGAAACAUAAAGAAUUUCACCUCUCUGUGAGACUGUGUGAGCUAAUAGUACAAUAGGUUUAACUCUUAAUGGACUGGCCCCCGGGUAUUUGUCCGAGCUCUCACACAUUCAUGCCCCCGCUAGAGCACUGAGAUCUGCCAACCAGUGGCUAUUGGUCGUCCUGAAGACUCGCCUAAAGAGUAAAGGUGACCGAGCCUUUGGGGCAGCUGCUCCAAGGCUCUGGAACAGCCGAGUCGAUAGAGGUUUUUAAAUCCUCUUUAAAAACACACCUUUUCUCCCUAGCUUUUACCUAGCUCUUGAUUGGUAUUUUAUAUUUUAUAUUUGUUUUUUAUCUACCUACGUAUUUCAUAUUUGUUUUUAUUUAUGGUGUAUUUGUACCUCAAUUUUACUUUGCUGUAUUUUAAUCUUGUAUUCUGUGUUUUUGAUCAUAUUGUUUUGGUCAGCUUCGGUUGUUUUUAAAGUGCUCUAUAAAUAAAGUUUGAGUUGAGUUGAGUUGAGUUGAGUAGGUUUAAGAUAAUGUUCCUGAGUGUAACAUGUGAAAGAAUGUGUGGAUUUCAUCAUCUACUGUACAUAAUAUCAUUAAACGAUUCAGUCAAUUUGAAUCAAUCUUGAUGGUCCUGAUCCUUAGGCGCUCAGGUAGCAGUGCGCUAAAAACAGAGAAGAUUCUGGAGUGGAAAUCACUAUGCAGACUCAAAAUCACUUCCAAAAUCAGAGUUUAUCACUGAAUCCACAAAUGCAGGUUUAAACUGAAUCAUGCAAAGAGGAAACCAGAUACAAAAAGUACACUGUCCUGUGGUCAGUGAAUCAAAAUCUGACAUUCCCUGUGGAAAUCACACACACCCCUUUUAGAGUUGUUUUCUUUUUUGUAUUUUUUCACCCCCUGUUCUCCUCUCUACUCCUUUCUUCUCCUCUCCUCUCCUUCUGCAGAUCAGCUCAUAAGGAUUGGGUAUCUGUGUGUUUGAACUCCUCCCUCCAUCAAUGUGACCUGUCUCACCUGAAGACCUCUAUCUUUGUGUUUGGGACCUACACCGGACGGGUGAGGACGGAACGGGGGGAGGAGAGGUCAGAGUGGAGGGAGAGUAACAUUCUCACCCUAGACAAACACAGUGAGUCUAUCGGGGUCAUUUUAGGUCAAAAUAAUGAAUGGAGGUCAUUAUAGGUCAAAUUAACGUAUGGCGAUCAUUAAAGGUCUGUCUCUGUCUCUGUCUCAGCCAUCAUUGGGCCACCCAGCGUCUCUGUCCUAGCUCAAGGAAAAAAUAUUGAAGUCAGCAUCACCGACCCAAAGUUUGCCAUUUCAUCACUCAGAGACGUUUAUGGCACCCCCACUUACUACAUCACCUACUGGAGGGAAGGACAGCCGGAAAAGGUACAGUAAAUAUUUGUCAGAUGGAGAACCACAACCAGUUUAACAAACCAAACAUAACCUCCCUUCAGAAAACAAUCAACCAAACAAAAAUAACUAAACCAAACUCACCAGACCAAGUCGCCCAAAUAAAACCAACCAAACAAAACAGACCAACAAACAGUUAUGAUUCAAACCAAAGUCUAGAUACUAAAACAGAGAGUCCAGUCACACAAACAACCAAACCAAAUAUUAUUGUGUUUCGCUUUGAGUUAUCUGUGGUGGAAAUAUCUGUACUAACUGAACAGGAAGUGUCUUUUGGAGAGUAUUACCAACUUAUGCUAAGUAGACUGUUGUUUUUAGACAGUUUAAAGUUCUGUCUGUCAGAAUCAGACUCCCCUCUCCUCAGCUGCACGCACUUAAUCUCAAUAAGCAGUUUAUCCAAACUCAACAGCAACUUAGUUCAAAAAGUCAAACGGUGGGGAAGUUCCCCAUCAAACUGUAACUAAAAAACAGGGAACAACAGAACUGGUCUCUAUAAUCUUUCUUGAGUUUUUGAGUGUUAGAGAUCUGCGUAUACAUUUACACAUACCAAGCGGCUGCCAUCUUUUGCUGGAUCCUCUCAAAUAACCGUUGUGGUCCUUGAAGCUCUGUCGGACUUGUUUUGGAUUGUGGUUAAAAACCACACAGCUUGCCUCCUUCUCUAAGCACUGCUACUUUGCAGUCCAUUGUGGAUUACUUUUUAAACAUGUACGUUGGGUCUGAGAAAUCUUUUGCUUCAGGUUGUAUUUAUUUUGGAUACAAAAUAAAUAAGCAGUUCUUUCUUCUUGCCCGACAAGGAGAUGGUUCUGCUCUGGGAUGAGUUUUUCUGGUUUAAAGCCAGGUCUCCUGCAUUGGAAAAAAAAAAAAUGUUUUUAAAUUCAGCACUGACUUCGAUUUGGUAAUGAAACCAGGUAGUUAAGUCAAUGAUAUUGUUUUUACAAAAACAAUGUAGAAGUAGAUAUGUAGUAGUCUUCGCUGUGUUACCUAUUUUUGUAUUUAUCUGCAUUAAGUAAUGUGUGGGUCUGCAGACUGCAGGGUCUGAUCUGAUCCUCUGGCCCUGACUGACGAGUUUUUGUACCUGCAGCAGACCCGACCUCACUUGACUCCUCUCUGCUGACCUCUGCAGGCCAUAAACAUCACACAGAUCCAGCAUAACCCGGUGGUUUUAGACAAACUACUUCCUCGGACCAAGUACUGUGUCCAGGUCGAGAUCCACACAGAGCUGAACCCGAAGCCCAGCGAAGCCAGUAGGAUCGUCUGUGAGAGCACCGGGAACAGUAAGACCAACAGACGCGAGGUUCAUUCAUGUGUUCACUUGCACACCUGAGAGGAUGUAAUAGAGUUGGCAGGUUUAUUCAGGCUAAAGCUUUUUGAGAUGUUCUUGGAGCUCACCUGGUCUUCAUCUGUUUUCCAGGUGCCAGGUGUAAGCUUUAGUCUAAACUGAUGAGUUCUGUUAGUCCUGGUCUAAACAAGUGGGAAUGAUGACAUUCAGAUUCUGCUCCUGAUGUUUGAUCUGUCCUCUUUCUGCAGGAGAGGCGGCUACAUGGGUCAUUGCCGUGGUGAUCUUUGUCAUCAUGGCGGUGGUGAUGGCGCUGGUCCUGCUCACAGUCAUUUAUCGCAAAAGGAUAUCACACUUCCUGUGUCCAAAAGUUACACUUCCUCUGCACUUUGAGGUGAGUCCAUCUGUUGAAGAACAUCUACAUAUAGACUUCAGUUCAAGUACACAACAACUACAACCAAAUUCACAUCAACUGCACACCAACUGUACAUACACUACAAUUAAACUAUAUUUAAACUAUGCACCAACUACAAACCAACUUGCACCACCUUCUGCAACCUGUAACACAUGUGAUCAAUACCUGCUGUGACCCACAACACUUUAGUUCUAGCUGUAUUCUGUCCAGCAGCUGAUGAAAAGUGUUCAUGUCUACCUGUCGGUGUAGUUUUUGCUUUAGAGACUCCACAGAGUUUGAAUGUUCUUAUGACUAAACCUUCCUCUCUCCCCCUCAGCCCCUGAAAGUCCCCCUCAACCCCCUUCUUUACCAAGCAACGGACAACACCUACACACCUGAGGAGGUCUGCCACCCUGUAAGCAUCAUCCCACACCAAGGAUGUACAGACAAGCUCCUCUUACAGGAACAAAGGACUGUGGAUGAGCAGCAAUGAGGCAGAUGUAUAAAUCCUGACUACUCUGAUCAGAAGCCACGAUUACAUGGGCAAAAUUACUUGAUCCGAUAAAAAAAUUGAGGCAUCAGAAAAUCUGAAUCCAAUCAUGACGUGCGUAUACACUUGUCAAAUUUCGCUAAAGCAACCUCAGGAGAAGAAUUGCAUUGACGCCUGUGCUGUCAACAAACCAACAAAUGCGGGAGUGGCUCACUUCAUCCAAUUCAGGAGUCUCCCCCCUUUUAAAUUUUUUCACUAGAUGACGCCCUAGCUUAUUUAUUUUACUCAAAGGUUGCACUGUGCGUGCAGAUGUGACAUCAUUAUGCUGACAUCUUUACGCCUUGUUAUGUUAUUGGAGGAGCAGACACGGCACCUGCAGCUGUGUUUUAAUGCCAGAGUGUUAAUAAUAAAGCCUCCUGGCCUGAAUAAAUAAGGCAAAGGCUAAAGAGUGAAGAUUGAGUCGGGUUAGAGAGUCAUGAUCCGAAUAUGAGCCGACUUGGAUCAGACUCUUCUGAUCAAUACGUUACUUGACGCAUUUUUAUUCCGAUCGGGCCUUUAUUCCGAUAUUUGUGCCCAUGUAAAUGCAGCUAGGGAUUAGCAUCUUUACAUGUUUACAUUCACAGUUGAAGGAUCCAGAGGAUAAGAAACCUUUUUAAAGGCAGCAGGUGGCUCAGUUAGAGAUUUUUCACAGUGUUUAUUUAAUUUAUUAUUAUUUGUUUGUGUUUCAGCCUUAUUUUACUGUGUAAAUUUGCCUAAAUAAACUGUUUAUUUUGUAUAAA